ACGCGAACACGUCGGCUCCGACCAUCCAACACCAAGCCGAGCUCGCCUAAGAAGCCACUACAGUCUUUGCGAGCUCGCCUCUCCAUGAGUGCGGCUUCUGGCAAGCCGGCGAAACCAGAGACACCGUCUCGCCGAGCCACCAUCACCAAUGCCAGUCCGCUGCUGCCACAGCAACAGGUCGGAUCGCCAAAUCAGAUACACCACUCUAGCCAGUCGCCGGCACCGAAUUCUAAUCACUUUGCAUCGGACAAGCACCGAUCGGCGGAUGUCCCGACGGACCACAACCUGGAUUAUUAUUCCCUCGGACCGGACAACAUCCGGGCGAUGUCCUGCUCUGAUCUUCCCAAGACGUCCAUGUCGACCGCCGACUGGGAGUUCAUUCUCAGCGAUAUGGACCGGGGUCAUUCGAAUAUCUUCAAUGGCAUCUAUGGCGGGCAAGAGUGCAUCGAGGACCGGGGUCCUUUUGCGUCGCUCGUUGAUUUCCAGCACCAGCACCAGCAGGCGUCUGCCCAGCGGCAAAGCUCUCAGGAGCUCUCCCCGGAAGCGUGGUCUGCCAGCAGCGGGGACCUGCCCAACGGUAACACGACCGCACCACAGAGUGUGCUCAGCUAUUCCGAGGAGAGUCUGGGCAGCGCGGAUGAUGUUCCUGUGCCGCCUGAGGUCAACAUACAGCCUCCGAAUGGGCUUGACAUGGUCGAUCCGCUCAAGGGGAUCAUGAUCCCGGCGGCGGAUGAAGAGUUCAAUGAUAUGGGCCUGUUUGAGGGGUGGGAUCACCGACUGGUUACUUGA